AUGAGCAGUACUGUCCUGUACCCACCUCCAUGUGUUAGGACCUGUACCCACCUCCAUGUGUCUCCUCCCACCCUCUCACACAUUCUUACCCCCGCCUGCCCUGCAUCCCACCGCCGCCCUCCCUCCUUGUGUCCGUCCCCUCCCCACUCACCAGACACGGCCUUCCGCUGCGCGCUAGCAUGCUCGCUGCAGCUGAUAGGCAACGGGGUGUGCAACCCCGAGUGCAACACGCCCACCUGCGCCUUUGACGGCGGUGACUGCGGGUGCAUCGACCCCGUCUUUGGCGUGGGCUUCUGCACCUGCCCUGCCGGCCAGGCCAGGUGCCACGAUGGAUGUGCGCCCCUCUCCCUCCCUCGCCUUCCUUCCAUACCGUCAUGCUGUGUGUCGGAUGCGGUGGGGGACAAUCUGAGCUAUCCCUUAACGCUGCAGCGCUACGGCCCCAACUUCUGGGAGAGCAACCGUGCCUUAGCUGCUGAGAGGGAUGCGCCGCUCACCCGCUUUGUGGCGUCACACAACAGGUUGCUCAUCGGCAUGUUCCUGCGCCAGCACUGCUGGAGCGUUAAGACGUGCCAAAGCUCCAGGCUGCAUCACCUGGCGGGGUGGUGCAGCAACGGCACGUCACGGCAGCCCUUUGGGGUGAACGCGCACUACCUGCCCUCCUCCUCGCUCUUCAACCCCGUUGCUGCCGCCGCCACUUCCACUGCCACCACCGCCCCCCAGGCGCAGAACGCCUCCUCUCAGGACCAGCUGGUGCUCAACCCGCAGGGGCUGCCUUAUGGCUUCGUGUACCCCGUGGAGGAGCAGGAGGAGGGGUACCCGUUGGUGUUUGACGUGAACCUGGCGUUCGAGGACGCCAUGAGCGGCCUGCACUACCUGGCUGACGACUUCUAUAUCGACAACGCCACGCGAUCCAUCGAGGACUCGCAUGUGGUGGCGACAUCCAUAACGCACGACUUCGGCACCAUCCUGCGCUACCUCAUCAACCGCUCCCUCGGGCGCUUCUCCCCGUACAGUGACAACAUGGGGCGGCUGGAGCAGCUGGGCGCGCGCAACAAGCAGCAGGAUGAGGCGCACAAGCGCAUGCAGCGCUACCAGUCCUUUAAACGCCGCGCCAAGUCAUGUCUUGGUGGGAAGGUCUGUGGGGGGGGUGCUGCGGAGGUGGAAAGAGCCAAGACGAUGGCGGCGAGUGGGGGGGGAGUGGUGGCGCCGCAGAGGGUGCUGCAGGUGAAGGGGCAGAGCAUUGAUGACAUCUCCCUUGCCAUGAUCCUGCAGCGCCGCCAUGCCCGGGAGGAUCCGUCAGCUUCCCUGCCCUCCCCAUCAUCCGCAUCCGUGCUGCAAAUCUCACCCGAGUCAGAGCAGCUAUCGCACGUGCUGCUGAGGCAGUUUGGUGACCACGUGGUGCGCGACUACAGCCGCCCGCAGCACAAGCCCAAGCAUGGGCUGCCACAGGUGCAGAAGGAGCUGGGGAAGGUGCGCGAAGCCAUGGACGAGCUUAAAGCCAUGGUGCUCGCGCUGCACUCCGCUGUCACUGCAGGGGAGGGUAUGCUGCCUGCUGCUGCCGCUGGUGCGGCGGGUGUAGGUGGAAGUGCAGCUGGGGGAGCAAGGGGGUACUGCCCGUUGUUUUCUGCGUCGUCGUCGGCAGCAGCAGUGCUGGCGCGCUCUUCUUUCAGCACCACCUCCUUCUUUUCCACCGCCCAAGGCUGCUUCCUCUCCCCCAACUCCCUCGGCACUCCCCUUGGCACACCCCUCGGCACCUCCCCUGCUAGGGACCCCUUCUCUUCCCCUGCUGCCUCCUCCCUCGCUGCCUCCAGCCCCUUCAUCCGUAACCCAUUCGCUGCUGGUAACCCACUCGUCGCCGGCCACCCGUUCGCGACUAAUAACCCGUUUGCUGGGGGUAACCCGUUUGGCACAGGCAGUCCGCAGCACCACUCGCUGGUUCUGCAGCGGGGGGCUGCGAGGAGGGCAGGGAGUGCGGGGCGGGCGGGGCUGAGGGGGAGCAUGGGUCCUAGUAACCUGGGGCGGGGGAACCAGGCGAGCAGGCAGGGGAAUGGGCUAAUGCUCUCGCGUGUGGAAACCACCCCGCUGCCCCACCGGCAUAGUCUUGACGGCGCUGCUUCGGGUCGUCAUGGCGGUUCUGGCGCCGAUUCCCAUGCUGAUGGCUCGCAGCAGCUGACUUAUGAGAGUGUCGCUUUCGUUCAUGCUGACACCAUGCCCAUGCCCCGAACCCGCACCUCUUCGUUCCCGUAUCCUGAACCCGAGCCUCGUGACGCACAGGCAGGUUCGGCGCAGGCUCCUGGGAGCAGUGAUGGAGAGAGUGCGGAUGGGGAUGGCAAGGGGAGUGCCAGCGGUGAGGAGCAGAGUGAGGAGUUGUCGCCGCUGACACAAGCCGCCCGGCGCGUAUCAUUGUCAGAGAUGGAGGAGGAGGGUGGGGGGAGGAUGAGGAAGAGAGGUGGAGAGGGUAGCAAUGGGAGGGGCGCAAGUGGCGCUGGUGGAAGUUGGUCUGUGCGGAAGAGCGUGGGGUUCCGGGAGGUGUGA